AUGGGAGAUUUCAAUUUCGAUUGUUCAUCUGAUGAAUCGGAUUUGAGCUCCGUACCUCCAUCACCCAUAGCAGAGUCACUGGAGCCAGCAGAGCGAUACCCAACGCCUUCAUCCCAAGAGGGAGCUGAGUCUGCUGAGGGUUCUGCACGCCAAGCCCGUCCCGCAAAGAGGAGACGCAACCCCUUACCAAAGGAACGGACCACUCAAUAUCUCGAUCUAUCCAAAUCUCUCUAUGAACAAAAUGAUCAACAUAAUUUGCUUGUUCAAACUCUGCGUCACCAAAAAGACAUUGUCGUCAUCGCCGGCGCUGGAAUUUCCACGGCUGCGGGUAUUCCGGACUUUCGCUCCACAGACGGCCUCUUCAAAUCAUUGCAAAAAAAACAUAACCUAAAAGCAUCCGGCAAGCUUCUCUUCGAUGCUGCCGUCUAUCAGGAUGAUGCAUUGACAGCGCCAUUCCACGAAAUGGUCCGGUCGCUGUCCGAGGAGGUUGCCAAUAUCAAGCCCACCGCCUUCCACCAAAUGCUUGCCCGAUUAGGUAUCGAGUCUCGCCUGAAGCGACUUUAUACCCAAAAUAUCGAUGGCAUUGAAACCUCUAUGGAGCCACUGGCAACUGAGGUCCCACUUAAUAUCAAGGGUAAUUGGCCGGUCACUAUUCAACUGCACGGCAGUAUUGAGAAGAUGGUAUGCCAGAAGUGUCGCUACCUUGCCGACUUCAAUCCCAACAUUUUCACGGAAGCAGACCCGCCCGCUUGCGAUGAGUGCUCCUUGAACGACAUAAAUCGCCAGGCCGUCGGUCAGCGGAGUCACGGAAUCGGCCGCAUGCGCCCGCGCAUCGUCCUCUACAACGAGCACAACCCCGACGAAGAGGCAAUUACCUCCGUGAUGAAUGCCGAUAUCAAGUCCCGUCCUCGCGUGCUUGUUGUCGCCGGUACUAGCUUGAAGAUUCCUGGAGUCCGUCGACUCGUCAAGAGCUUGUGCACAAUGAUCCGCAGUCGUAAGGAUGGCGUCACGAUGUUCAUCAACAAUGAGCCACCAAGCGGCAAAGAAUUCGACAAUUGCUUUGACUUGAUCGUCCAGGGGUCAUGCGACGAAGUUGCACGCCAGGUUAACCUGAAACCGUGGGAGUCGAAGGACCUUACCCCGUACAUGUACGAAUGUUCACCCGAGCCCAUUCCCCAAAUCUUCAAUUCCAACGACAUCUCCGUUGUUGUCACACCGAAAAAGAGACCUCGCGCAGAUACUGGUCUCGCAACACCUUCUGCCAGUCACGACGAGAAGCCCGCGAAAAAGCUGGUCACCAAAGUUUCAAAGCUCAAGCUCGCAAAUCCAGCAAGCAAUGGGCGAUCCAUCAAAGACGUUAUCAACAAGAGCGAGAAGCCUACUACUCGCAAGCCUACCUCCAAGUUCAUCACCAAGCCCGCCCCCAAUCCUCGUCCCAAGAAGGCUGCAACAACCGCUGCCUCGAAAAAGCGUGCCCCGGUCAAGAAGAAUGCUACCAUCACUUCAUUCAGCAGCAACAGCCGUGUUACCAAAACCUCUCAAUCUGCUGGCAAAAUUGGCACAACGGUCGAUGUCAAAGCCAUGCAACCGGUUCCAGCGGGGGCCCCAAGGAACAACGGUACUCUGCCCAUCAAAGCAGAGCAACCCGAGAAAACAGACAUCAUACUCGACUCAGAGUCUCUUCCUCAACCAAUGGCUUCCUGA